ACGUCAGCGUGUCCACUGUUCCUAUUGGCUGAGGCAGCAGCACCAGCAGCGGCUUUAAAGCUUGAAACUUUUAAUAUUUAAACUUUCUGACGUUUUAUUUUUAAAAUCUGACCGUUUAAACACUUCCGGUCGGUACCGGCGCCGUUUCACCGACCGGACGCUGUGACGGAUUAACACCACCGAAGAAGAAGGAGCCUGAUCCCUAUUAACACCACCGAAGAAGAAGUAGGAGGACUUCCUGUCUGGAUAUGACAGGAAGUCCUAUCUGAACAUCAGCUGAUCACCUGCACAGAGGUCAGAGGUCACAGACAGGUAAGCUGCUCCCUGAUUGGACGAUGGGGAACAGCGCGCUGAAGUCUCACCUGGAGACGUCACAGAAGACGGGAGUCUUCCAGCUGACCGGGAAAGGCCUGCUGGAGAUCCCAGAGGAGUUGCUCCGCCUCUCGUCUCUUCGGACCGUCGACCUCUCUGAGAAUAAGAUCGAAGUACUUCCUGUUUCCAUCCAGAACUUCCUGCAGCUCAAAACCCUGAUCCUGAACCAGAACCGGCUCAGUUCCGUCCCCCCAGAGAUCGGGUCCCUGAAGAAGUUGGAGACUCUGAGUCUGAACCAGAACCGGAUCCAGCAGCUGCCCCCCUCCCUGAACCAGCUCCGGGCCCUGCGGACCCUGCGGCUCUCAGGGAACCGGAUCUCAGAGUUCCCGUCUGGACUCGGAGCCCUGAGACACCUGGACCUGCUGGACCUGUCCCGGAACCAGAUCCAGACCGUCCCCCCAGACGUGUCCGAGCUGCAGGCCAUCGAGAUCAACCUGAACCAGAACCAGAUCUCGGUCCUGGCGGCGGAGGUCUCUCGUUGUCCCCGUCUGAAGGUUCUGCGCCUGGAGGAGAACUGCUUGGAGCUGUCAGCGGUUCCGGAGGCGGUUCUGCUGGACUCUCAGGUGUCCCUGUUCUCUGUGGAGGGAAACCUGUUCGAGGUGAAGCGGCUCCGAGACCUGCAGGGCUACGACAAGUACAUGGAGCGUUUCACGGCCACUAAGAAGAAGUUCACCUGAAGCUCGACGUCCAAUGGAAAGCUGCGAGCUCCGCCGAGGCUCCGCCCACUACAGCCGCUUCUUCUUCUGCUGCUAAAAACGCAGACUUCACACGACCGGGACCGUCGUCCGGCAGGGUCAGAGGUCACCUGACACGCAGAGAGAAGAAGAAGAGACGCUCCGAGCAGGACGCUGUGACAUCAUCAUCACAAAGAGUCACGACAUAAUUUAUUCAUAAAUCAGUUCAAGUUUCAUUAAAGGGUUUAUUC